AUGCAUUCAUUCUUCCUCGAUCUUGCCUCACUUGCGCCUUGCCGUGUGGUUUCUCUCGUCUUGCUGGCUUUUGCCAUCUAUGUCUUUGGCUACAUCAUAUACCAGCGCUUUUUCCAUCCUCUAGCCGGAUUCCCCGGGCCCUUCCUGGCCAGCGUCACCGACCUAUGGCAGGCCUACCAGUUCCUCACUCUCAAGCAGCCGUACCACCUGACCGAUUUGCAUGCGAAGUAUGGUCCUUUCGUGCGCUACGGCCCAGACAAGCUCAGCGUUACUACUGAAGACGCAGUCUCUGUCAUCUAUCAGAAGGGUGGGAGAUCCAUGCCAAAGACGGAGUUCUACGAUGCCUAUGGAGCAGCACAUCCCAACGUGUUUGGCAUGCGGGACGAAGCGGCGCAUUCGAUCCGCAGACGCCACAUGUCUCACAGUUUUUCCAUAUCCUCGGUCAAAGAGAUGGAAGCAAUCUUGGACUCGAAUGUGCAGACACUGAAGGAAAAGGUGGCAGGCUUCUGCGACAGGGAAGAAGCCUUCGAUCUGAAGAAAGUCCUGCACUACUACACCAUCGACGUGCUGGGCGAGCUGGCAUUCAGUCAGUCUUUCGGUGUGCAAGUGGCAGACGACGAGACGCUUGUACCGCCAGUCAAAGAACAUAGCCUCCUUGCUGCUGUCACUGGAGCAUGGCCACUCAUGACAAUGCGGUUGAAGAGAUGGCUGCCGAAGGUGCCAAGCGAGCGGCUGCAGCGAUUGUUCAGAGGACGCGCCGCGUGUGCUCAACUGGCAUCACGCUGCGUACAGCGAAGACUCGACGCCCUGAAAGCCAACCCAGACCUUGCAACCACCGGCCAGAGGAAGGACAUCCUGACCAACCUGAUCCUCGCCAAACACCCCGACACGGGUGAACGACUGACCCAGACAGACCUAGAAACCGAGGCCUUCGGCUUCAUCAUCGCCGGCACCCACACCACCAGCGCAACAACCGCCCUCCUCUUCCACCACCUCCUCCACAACCCACCCCACCUCUCCCAAUGCGUCGCCGAAAUCGACGCCAACCUGCCCCCUCUCCCGCCCUCCGCCGCCACCUCCCACCCCAUCUCCCUCCUCGAGUCCUCCCUCCCCCACCUCCGCCUCUGCAUCCGCGAAAACUUCCGCAUCACCCCCGUCUUCACCAUGCCGCUAGCCCGCCGCGUCACCUCCCCCAGCGGCAUCACGCUCUCCGGCCGACACAUCCCCCGCGGCACCUCCAUCGCCAUCUGCAACCACGCCCUCCACCACACGCCCGCCCUCUGGGGCACUCCCUCCCCCUCCGUCUUCGCCCCCUCCCGGUGGGACGAACCCGCGGUCGCGGCGCGCGCGCGGUCGCUGAUGCAUUUCGGGCAGGGGGCGCGGCAGUGCGUGGGGAAGGCGGUGGCGCAGACGAACGUGUACAAGCUGGCGAGCGGGCUGCUGGCGGACUUUGAGUUCGAGCUGGCGGACGCGGCGGAGCGGGAGGCGGUGGGGAGGGGGGAGUGGGUGGGGAGGAUGCCGCGGAUGGUGAGCGUGGGGGUUGGUGAGAUUGAGGGGGGUGUGUGGGUUAGGGCGAGGAGGAGGGGGAGGAGGGGGACGGGGACGGGGAGGGUGGAGGGGUGA